CACACACACACUACAUCUGCCCUCAGGGAGCACAGAGCACAGAGCUGCAGCUACACAAGUGUUUGUGGAGAUAUACAGUGAAAAGAGCACUAUGAUGAGGGUCAGCCUGCAGGCUCUGAUAUCAUGUCUACUGUUGUAUGGUGCAGUAACAACACAGAGGACACUAGGAUUAUCUGAAUCAACAUCCCCAACAACAGAACUCCCUAAAACUUCUGCAUUGAGGCCUACCACGUCGAACAACGUCAGCUCCCAGGCUACAACCUUGAAUUCAUCAACUACUCAACCACCCACGUCAAGUGGUUAUGUCACCAAUAUAACUUCCACCAGUACAACUCUGUCUACCAACAAUACAGCUUCCACCCAAAAUGUAACCAGCACUGAGCAAACAAACACUCCAAAUGCGACAAUUUCAUCAGAAACACAAACCACGUCCUCUUCAUUUUCUUCCUCAUCUCCAUCUAUCACAACUGACACCCAGGACUCUAGCUUCAGUACCAGCAUCAGUACCAGCACAAGCCCCAGCAUCAGUACCGGCAUCAGUACCAGCACAGCACAAACCACCAGCCCCAUCACCACCCAAAACACCGGCACAACAACUACUACCAGCAGCACCACCGCAAGUGCCACCCAAACCACCACACUGGGACAAGAAGGACAUAACUCCGAGGCUCUGAGCUCAGGAGGUAUUGCAGUUAUUCUUAUUGUGUUCACAUUGAUUGUCACCCUAGUGUUGGGUGGGCUUUACUACUACAGGAUCCGACUUGGAUCCUAUGGCCCUCUUCUGGACAACAACGACCGUAGCGCUAUGGCAAAUUUCAGCAACCCAAUGUAUGACCCAUGAAUCCUUGCUUUUGAACCUCCAACUCCAGCAGUGACGGCCUGAACCCAGAGCCCUCAGUCUGUGGAUGGAGACGUUCUGAUCAGAGUGCGUUUUUCGUGUGUGCGUGAUGAGUUCAGCGCGGUCACAUUUUAUAACUGUGACCUGCGGCCUGACCGCUUGAUUGACAAAAUGCAAAGCAAAUGUGAUGUUUCUAUUGAUCUUUGUUGAAGUAGCCUCAUUUGUUUUAUUGCUAGGUAGAGUAAACAUAGAAGGACAAACAUUUUAAAACAGCUCUGGCUGCAUAGACUUAGCGCAUAAUUAUAUUACCACAGCUAAAAUGUUAAAUUACAGUGAAAACAAGCGUGUUCGUCAGUUUCGUCAAAAAGGAGGAAUUUUAUAAGCUCAACCAGGAUGUUUUAACAGCAAAAAAGUACAGAAACCUUUACUCUAAGCAAGUGUAAUAGAUGAGGAAGCUCUGACAAAUUACAGCAGCAAUAGUAUUAUUAUGAAAAACAGUUCAAACAGUACAUCAUGAGGAAAAAUCAUUUUUUUCUUAUCAUUUUCCUUGAGAUACCUUUUUCUUAAUUAAACUGUGAAACGAUGAGGUUUCUGUCGCAAAAGUAGAAAAAGGUUCCGCUUUCAACCUCAAUGUAGCCAGCCAGACAAAGUACAAAGCUCAUCCACAAAUGUCCUGGUUUAACAUAUACUCUUAGAUUCGAGGAGAUGAAGAGUUAGACAUUUGCAUUCGGAGAGGGAAAUUUUGAGAAAGGCGCUAAAAAGGAUGAUGAUGAGCGGCUGUCUUAGCUUUUAUCGAGCAUGAAAGUAGGAAUAAGACAAUAGAAAUAGAUUUUUAAGGCCAAAAAAAAACAGAAAAGUGAGAGUUUUGAGAAUUUCUCCUAUAAACUGGGGAGUAGAGACAUUUUUAGGCAAAACAAAAGGGGCAAAGUUGGCAUUAGCGGCCACGACAACCAAGAAAGGAGACUAUUUUGAAGAAAAUGUUUGUAGCUUCAUUCAUUCAUUUUCAAAUUAAGUGUGUAAAAGAAUAUUUUUACAUGAAAGGAUUUAUAUCACAUGCAGUUAAAAUGAAUAUGAAUCGUUUUCAUACUACAAACUGAAUGGUGCAGAGGCAGAGAGAGCCUUUAAAAGGAUAAUAUCUGGUUUAAGCCCUGUGUGUCUUCAUCCUACUGAAGUGAACUAAAACACUGGAUCCUCUCCUGCUCCAUGUGCUCCAGGCUGCAUUUCUGAUUGUUAUUUUCAUUCCUUCAGUAUUAUAGUAUUGCUUGUUUGCAUUCAGGUGAAGAAUGAUGUGACAAUUGUGUGAUAUGAUUGUAUUUAAAUGUGUGUGGAAUAAAAGUGAUGAAGGAGUC